CAGAGAGAUCGGGAGUCCGAGCCGUUGAGUUCCUCCUGGUGAGGCAGAGCGUCUCGGGGAGCUGCCCCCUGCCCUGAGGACCCCUGCGCUGCAGCCCUCCUCGCGGAAAUGGCGGGGGAAAUCACGGACACCGGAGAGCUCUAUUCCCCCUACGUGGGGCUGGUGUACAUGUUUAACCUCAUCGUGGGCACGGGCGCACUCACCAUGCCCAAGGCCUUCGCCACAGCCGGCUGGCUCGUCAGCCUCCUCCUGCUCAUGUUCCUGGGCUUUAUGAGCUUCAUGACCACCACCUUCGUGAUAGAGGCCAUGGCCGUGGCCAACGCGCAGCUCCACUGGAAGAGGAUGGAGAGCCACAAGCAGGAGGAGGAAGAUGACGACUCCUCCACAGCCUCAGACAGCGACGUUCUGGUGCAGGAGAGCUACGAGCGGGCAGAGAGACGGCCCAUCCUGUCUGUGCAGAGGCGUGGCUCUCCCAGCCUUUUCGAGAUCACAGACCGAGUGGAAAUGGGACAAAUGGCUUCCAUGUUCUUCAGCAAAGUGGGGGUCAACUUGUUUUACUUCUGCAUCAUCAUUUACCUGUACGGGGACCUGGCCAUCUACGCCGCCGCCGUGCCCUUCUCCCUCAUGCAGGUGACCUGCAGCUCUGUUGGCAAUGACUCCUGCGGCGUGGAUGCGGACACCAGACACAAUGACACUGACCAAUGCUGGGGGCCCCUGCGUCGGGUGGACGCCUACCGCAUCUACUUGGCUGCCUUCACGCUCUUCCUCGGACCUUUCACCUUCUUUGACGUCCAGAAGACCAAGUACCUGCAGAUCCUCACCUCCCUGAUGCGGUGGCUCGCCUUUGCCAUCAUGAUCGUGCUGGCGCUGGUCCGCAUCGGGCACGGGCAGGGUGAGGGCCACCCGCCCCUGGCCGACUUGUCAGGACUCCGGAACCUGUUCGGGGUGUGCGUCUACUCCUUCAUGUGCCAGCACUCCCUGCCGUCCCUCGUCACCCCGAUCUCAUCGAAGCGCCACCUCACGCGCCUCGUGUUCCUGGACUACGUGCUCAUCCUGGCCUUCUACGGCCUGCUCUCCUUCACCGCCAUCUUCUGCUUCCGCGGCGACAGCCUCCUGGACAUGUACACGCUCAACUUCGCGCGCUGCGACGUCGUGAGCCUGGCCGCCGCCCGCUUCUUCUUGGGCCUCUUCCCUGUGUUCACCAUCAGCACCAACUUCCCCAUCAUCGCUGUGACGCUGCGCAACAACUGGAAGGCGCUCUUCCACCGCGAGGGCGGCACCUACCCCUGGGUGGUGGACCGCGUGGUGUUCCCCACCAUCACCCUCGUGCCGCCCGUGCUGGUCGCCUUCUGCACCCACGACCUCGAGUCCCUGGUGGGCAUAACAGGGGCCUAUGCGGGCACUGGCAUCCAGUACGUCAUCCCGGCCUUCCUGGUGUACCACUGUCGCAAGGACGCGCAGCUGGCCUUCGGCCACGGGACCCCCAACAAGCACAGGUCCCCCUUCCGCCACACCUUCUGGGUGGGCUUCGUGCUGUUCUGGGCCUUUUCCUGCUUCUUCUUUGUCACAGCCAACAUCGUCCUCAGCGAGACCAAGCUCUGACAGACGGCAGGAGGAGGUAUCUGGUGACGGAAGGGUCGGGGACUCAGCCCCACGCAGCGCCAACCUGCAGAGCUGCAAAGGAGUCGCCUCCUCACCCCAUCCUGGGUGUUGGUGGGCAGGCAAGGCUGGACCUGAGGGGACCCUCCCCGACGAAGACUUUGCUGAGCCUGUGGCUGGCCUCAGUGCUGGGAUGGGUCCCUCCCAGGUCCCAUCCCCAGCCCGCCCCGUCAGCGCUGGCAGGUGCUGUGCCCGGUUCCUGGACUUGGUACUGCAGUCCCUGCUCCUGUUCCAUGUACUCCUCUCCCCCCUGAGCUGCGCUCCCUUCUCUGCACGAUGGACCACGCGGUGCUGGCACCGCUGCUAUUUAUGCCACACCCCUAGGUCCCUCCUGCUCCCCUCUAUGCCCAGAAGUGUGUCUGGGCGAUCUCCUCCCUGAGUGGCUGCUGCCUGUGCCCUGCUCCUCCCCACCGCCCCCCCAGAAGCCCAUCCCUGCCCCCCACACCCCUACCCAGUCUUCCAGGCCUGGGAGUCACUAAGUGACGCUGCUAGGGGAGGGCCUGGCCACCUCAGUGAUAGGGACAGGAAGUGCUGAUUGGCAGCAGGACCACGAGGGCCCUUGUUGUGGAAGGCAGACUGCAUGGACAGUUCCUUCCACAGGGACACAGCAGCUGCUGCCCCAACACUGGGGACGGUUCCCUCGGGAGCUGGGCCAUGCCUACCCAGUACUUGCAUGCUUCACACUCCAUCUGCCAGGGAGUCACGGGUCCAGGAAGGGCCACCCACUGCCCCUCCCUGAGAGGGAGGCCAGGCCCCAGCCACUCCCCACACGAUCCUGCAUGCCCUGCAGGGGGUCGGGGUCGCUGGAGACUCAAUGUGCCUUUUCCUGCUUCGUGCCCGGAGGUCCUCCCUGGCUUGUCCCUGGAGCCAGACCAGUCUGUGCAAGAGUCCACAGCAGCUCACUGUGGCUGCGUCUCUAGGGUAGGGUUGGGUCUCAGGCCCCUGCCCCCUUUGAUUUCAGUGCCUUGCUCAGCCCUCACGAGCGUACCUGCCUCUCCCCCUAGCCCUGCUGCUCACCGUCUAGGAGCCUGGCUGGCCCAGGGCAGCAAUGCUGGAGGCCCAGGGUGCUGGGAGCUUGCAGUACCCCCGCCCCAGUGGUCAUGCCUCGGCAGUCGCCACAGUGUAUCCCUGCGUAGCCCUGUUUCCCAUCUGUCUGAGAAAUGCCCCUUGCGCAUCUGCUACUUCAGGCUUCUCACGAGGCCCUGCCCCAGGUGGGCAGAGCCAGGCACCACAGUGCACUGAGGCCUAAAGUGACAAAGACCGGGCUGGUGGCCUCCCUGCCGGCCGCUGCCUGGCUGUUUGCUGAAAACUCAAUUAAAACAUCUGCACUUUCCCUUCUCCAAUUACGUUCCCCAUUGCUUAAGGACAAAACAAAUUAAAUCAUCCUGCCACCCCAGGCGCCAACCCAAA